AUGAGCAGCCCCAGAGCUAGAGACAAGUACCAGCCAGCCUGCAAGAUGCUGGCCCUCUGCUUGCUGCCGCCGCUGCUGCUGCUGCCCUCAGGGGCCGCCACUGCCCUCUUCCCAGAGGGCAGCCUCGCCGGCCACGAGAGCGGGCACAUGCAGGAAGUGGCAGAAAUAAAGACAAACAGCCUGUUGACUUUGCUUGCUUGGUGGUACGAGUGGGCCUCCCAGGCCAGGGCAGUGCCCUUCAUAGGAGGGGAAGCCAGCAAGGAAUCCAAACGGCAGGAGGGCGCACCCCUCCAUCAGUCCACACGCCAAGAUACAACACCCUGCAAGAAUUUCUUUUGGAAGACCUUCUCCUCCUGCAAGUAA